AAAAUAGUAACACUAAUUCAUAUAUCAUUACUAGAAAUAAUAAUAAAUAAUAAAGUUACUUUUAAUCAAUUCUAUAAAAUAAUUAUUUAUCAAUAAAUAUAAAAUUAUAACUAUAAAAAAAUUUAAUAAAAAAAAAAAAAAAUAAUAUAAUUAAUUAUAUUAUUAAAAAAAAUAAUAAUAUAGUUUUUAAUUUAUAGUUUUUUUACAUUAGUUUAAAUAGUACAACUAAAAAGUUAAAUAAAAUGGAUAGAUUGUUAACUUGUCCAAAUUGUUUAAACAUAUAUAAUAAACCCAGAAAAUUAGAAUGUGAACAUAUUCUUUGUACAAAAUGCAUUGAAAAAAUUUAUAACCCUGGAGUAACACCAAUUAUAAAGUGCCCAAUUUGUAAUAUACAUUCAAUGGUAAUAACAUCAAUUAACAAUACUUUCCCAGUUGUCCAAUGUGUAGAGGAAUUGGUUUAUUAUAGAUCACAAGAUAAAAGGAAAGAUGAUGAUUUGAUAAGUACUACACCAUUAUCAGCUUCCCUUAACAAAACAACUACAACUACAACCACAACCACAAGUACCAGUAGUCUUUCUCAAAGAAAUUUACUUACAUCACCGAUUUUAAUCAGUACUUCACCAAAACUAAGUCCAACUUCACCAUCACUUCAAUCAAAACAAUCAAAUAUUCAACUAUCACCACAAAGGGCCAGUACUAUUAGCAAUAAUGUCUUAAAACCACCAUUAAAACUAAAAGCUAUCUCGAGCCCACCUAUCGCCCCAGUAGUUUGUAAACCAGAAAAGUGCAAUACUUUAUUAAAUGAUAAAAAUAGACCAGUUUUAAUUUCAUCCGAUAUUGUUCAAACACCAAGAAUUAAUGACUCAACUGUUCAACAGUUAUCAAAGUGCCCCGAACAUACCAAGAACUUUUCAAAUUUUUGCCUCGAAUGUGAUGUCCCAGUUUGUAUUGAUUGCACAACAAAUAACCAUAGCAACCAUACAUUUAGCUGUAUUUUGUCGGAAGCAGAGAAAAGAAUAGGCGAUAUAGAAUCUACAAUUAUUACAAUGUCAUUGUCCCCAAAUAGAUUGCUAAACAAAAAGAAUAAGAUAGAAAAAAUAAUAAAUGAAAGUUCAUUAGUUUUACAAGAAACUAAACAGAAAAUAUCAAAUGACAUUGACCUAAUGAUUGAAAAUUUAAAAGAAAGAAAGCAAACAUUAAUUAAUCAAAUCGAAAAAGAGCAUCAAGACCAAAAAGUAGAAUUAUCUGAACAAAUUACAACAAUUCACUCAACAAUAAAUGAAAUUCAAAACAACAAUACGAUUGCCCAAGGUAUUGUUUCAUUGUAUCUAUCUCAAGUUGAAAAUGAAGCAAUUUGUUCAUCAUUAUUAAAAAAGCAUAAUGACCUAAAGAAAUUGGAGCAACUUUCUGAUAACCUUGCCAAUAACAUUGAAGUUAAUGCAGAGUAUAAAUGGGACCCAGAUUUCCAUUUCCCUCAACUUUUUGCUAGAUCUAAUGGAGAAAAAACCACUGUUGUGUAUAGAACAAAAAGAACUUCAAAAUCGAAUGGAUCACCAAAGGCCAACUCUCCACUUAUGUCUCAAUCCAUGUCAUCAAUACCCAAUGACUCAUCUAGUUCAACACCAACCAUGGUUAAACCAUCAAUUAAUCAAUCUUCACCAGGUGUACAAUCUACAACCCAAAUUAUGAUUAACAAUUCAAAUAAUCAAAAUAAUACCCCAAGUUCACCAAAUGGCCCUGCUAAAAUCCAAUUGAAAAACCCAGUAUUUGGUAAGAUAUUAACUAGAAAAGAAUCAAUCUCAACUGGAUGUAGACAAUUUAUAUAUGGUUUCUCGGAUGAACAAGUAGAAAUUUAUGAUAAUAUUACUAAAAUUUGGAGACCUGGAUCAAAAAUUUUAAAAAAAACAACCGAAUAUUCAACUAUUUUCGAUAACAAUUCUACUGUUUAUAGAUUUGGUGGCAAAGAGUGCCCACAAGAUAUUUACAAAUAUAGUAUAGAUAAAGACUGGUGGGAGCUUAGCUCCAUUAAAAUUCCAUCAAAAAGAAAUGGUCACUGUUGUUUGUUUGAUGGUAAUAAACUAAUAUAUUUAAUAGGUGGUGCAGAAACAGACUCUUCAAAACUAUUAGAGGUAUAUAACAUAGAAAAUCAAACAUGGAAAAGAUUAGCAUCAAUGAAAAAUGGUCGUAGUUAUUUCAAUGCUUUUUAUCAUCCCUCAAAAAAGUGCAUCUAUGUUAUUGAUGGAUAUGUAAACAAAGAUAAAAAAUCAUCUGUCGAAAUGUAUAGUAUCGAAAAGAACCAAUGGAAUGUUGUUUGUGAUAUAGAUCAACCAAGAUAUUUUAGUGGUGUUUCUUUUGAUGGCUCAAGAUAUAUAAACAUUAUUGGAGGUAUAGAUAGAAGGUCAUCAAGAGAUUUAAAAAAUAUGGAAAGAUUUGAUACAAAAACCAACAAAUGGGAAGUUCUUCAAAAUGAAACCCAUAGAUCUGCUCUUUCACACACAUCAAGCACAAUGAAUCUUGUAGUUCAAUCACCUCAAAUGUUAAAGAAAACAAAUUCAUUCUCCUCAAUCUCAUCACAGUCAUCCCAAUCCUCAUCCCACUCAUCACCAUUAUUAAAUACAGAAAAUGAAGUAACCAAUCCAACAGAAAAAAUUCAAUUCUUUAAUUCAACAUUUUUCGAUGGUGAACAACAUAUCUACUUUUAUGGUAUAAAUAUAGAAGAGAACUCUCCAUUACUUUAUAAAUUUAGUAUUAAAACAAAGAAAUUUGAAAAAAUUAUAAUUGAAAAUACAAAAUUAGAUUUAUUUAGCCAAUUAAUUUUUGUUUCCAAAUAAAUAUAAACAAUAAAAGCUAUGAAACUAUAAAACUUAAAAACUAU